AGACAGGAUUAACCCUGCAGCAGGCUGCAGUUUCUCUCUGAGGCAUUCCGAGGAUUCCUGGAGCUCCAACCUCUCUACCUGUCCGACAGGUGCAGUCGACUGACUUGGUAACGCGCACAGAGGCAGACGGGUAAAGGAGGCUAUUCAUGGUUAUCUAUGGGUGAGUGUCUGCGGAGAGCUUGUCCAUGUCUGGAAGCACUGUGGCAGAGGAUCUUCAGUGACAAAAAGCCUUCUCCAGGAGGAGGAGUGAGUGGUGAUAGUGGAGGAGGAGGAGGAGGAGGAGGAGGAAGAGACAGCAGCAGUGACGGCGGCGGUGAGGUGAGACCUCCGAGCCCGGCGCCGCCGUCGUCAAAGGAGAGACAACCCGAGCACAGCUCCAUCUACACGGCGGUGUGGCCGUUUGAGGCCCGGCACGAGGAUGAGCUGUCGUUCCAGGAGGGGGAUCUGUUCAGCGUCAUCAGCCGCAACGGGGACUGGUGGACCGCACGGAAAAUCGACAAGAACGGGCGAGUCCUGGACACCGGGAUAGUGCCCAACAACUACCUGGCCAGGGCCGAGUCACUGAGAAUGCAACCAUGGUUCUUUGGGACAAUGAAUCGCUUUGAGGCCCAAAGCCACCUGCUAGGACCAGGAAAUGAAGAGGGAGCUUUCCUCAUCCGACGCAGUGAGAAAGACAAUGUUGGAUAUGUUCUUUCAGUGAGGUCAAGCGGUCGGGUGAAGCAUUUUAAAAUCCACCAAACAGAUGAGGGUAAUUUUCACGCGGACCACAAUCACCACUUCAGCUCCCUGAUCGACCUGGUGGAGCACUACAGCACCAACAGUCUGAACAACACAGGCCUACUGGGAAGCCCCUGCAAGAGGAAAAAGCCCAACACCCCAGAUUUGAAUCAUUUUACGGUGGAUGAGUGGGAGCUCCCGAAAGAAGAGUUCACCCUGGAGGAGGAGCUGGGCAGUGGCUACUUUGCUGAUGUCUACCGGGGGCACUGGAAAAACCACAUCAAUGUCGCCAUCAAGAUCAUCAAAAGUGAUUCAGAGUUGAACCACCGUGAGUUUCAGAGGGAAGUCCAGAUCCUAAAGAAUCUCCGGCAUCGUCACCUGAUCUCCCUGUUUGCUGUGUGCACGGCCUCAGCACCAUACUACAUCAUCACCGAGCUGAUGGAGAAAGGCAGCCUGCUCCACUUCCUCAGAAGUCCAGAGGGGCAGCUUCAAGACAUUGCGUCACUCAUUGACAUGGGUGCCCAGGUGGCUGAUGGGAUGUCAUACCUGGAGGAGCAAAACAGCAUCCACAGAGACUUGGCGGCUCGAAACGUCCUGGUGGGAGGAGACUACAUCUGUAAGGUGGCUGACUUUGGACUGGCCAGAGUGAUCAAGGAGCCAUUUUACAUCACAGAAGAUAAAAAGAUUCCGUACAAGUGGAGCGCUCCCGAAGCCAUCAGCCAUGGAAAGUUCUCCAACAAGUCAGAUGUCUGGUCUUUUGGGAUCUUGCUCUUUGAGAUAAUCACCUAUGGAGGUGUUCCUUACCCAGCCUACAGCAACCAAGAAGUGUUCCAUCAGGUUAGCAAAGGAUACCGGAUGCCAGCUCCAGCCAAAUGCCCCGAUUUUUUCUAUCAAAUCAUGUUGAAAUGUUGGAGUGCCCAACCAGAUGACAGGCCACCGUUCAAGUCCCUCAGGGUCCAACUGGACAGCAGCUCCUACGAGCUGGAGUGACCUGCUCCUGAUUCCUGCAGUACAUGCUCAGCGCCACAGGGGGGCAGCAGAGACUGAUACUGAGCAGGGAUUGUGAGGACUCUUAUUUAGAAACCAGAGAGUAAAACAAUGUACAGGCUUUUCUGCAGAAUGUGUGUGUUUGCACUAUGCACAUCUGCAAAGCCUGAUGUAUUUUGUUCAAUCCACUACUUAUGAUUAUUUUCUUUUUCACUUCAUCAUGAUAAUUCUUUGAUAGUAGACUGAAUAUCUUUGGGGUUUUGUCUGUCAAGACAAAAAAAAAAAAGAAAGAAAAAAUGUAAAUUAAACAUGUCAGCUUUGGCUUUGUGAUGGACAUUUUUCACCAUUUUCUGACCAAAUAAUCAGUUAUUCGAGACAACAAUCAGCAGAUUUAUCGAUAACGGGGAAAAAAAAGUUACAUGCAAAAAUGAAAAUUUUCUAACUGAACCUAUUACUGUUUGAUAUAUGCAAUGUCAGAAAAUUUUUAACAAUGCCCAUCAAAAGCCCAAUGUCUUUAAAUGUUUUGUUUUUCCUCGAACAACAGAACAAAACCCAUAUAUACAGUGUAAACAUUAUCUAUAAAACAAUAUGAAAACAGAGAAAAGCAGCAAAUCGUCACAUUUGACAGGCUGGAACCAGAGAGUAUUUUAAGUUUUUGAUGAAAUAUUAAAAUGUUCUGAGAGUUGUUAUAAUUUC